AUGACAUCAGCCUUUGAGAGAGUGGUCAAGAGUAUGAUUCAGAAGGUGGACCACGGCAGAGGAGAUCUCAUCCCAGUGGACUAUGUUCCAAAUUCAAUCAGCUUCAAGCCCUACUGCCUCCUGAGCAGGAAACACUCAAGCUCUUGGUUCUGGAAACCCCAUUAUACAUUUGUCAACCUGUCAAUCAAGGACAUCCUGGAACCCAGUGCUCCAGAACCAGAACCGGAGUGUAUUGGCCACUUCCAAAUCUCUGAUGACAUCGAUGGAAACAAACAGGGCAGUGUGCCAUGGUCGAACAUGAGAGAAUGGAGAAUUUCUGGUGGGGCUGCAGCAUCUGACAGUUCCAGUGCCUCCAUGAGUAUGUGUAUACUGUGUGUGAAUCCGAAGACCUGGGAUAUCAUGAAGAGUGAAAGGCACCUGCAGCAGCCCGAGAAUAAAAUCCUGCAACAGCUUCGGAGGCGUGGGGAUGACCUGUUUGUCAUCACUGAGGUGCUGCAGACAAAGGAGGAGGUGAAGAUCACCCAGACCCACAGUCAGGUCUCAGGCAAGUUUACACUGGCUGGAGCCUCAUGCUUCCAGGGUGAUGGCAAGGGCCACCAAAGCCGGAAAACAAUGGUGAACCUUCCUCCAGGCAGCGUCCUUGCAUUCCGAGUGGCGAAACUGCUCAUUGGCUCUACAUGGGAUAUUCUUCUUGUCUCAGAUGAGAAAAAGAGGACAUUUGAGCGCUCCUCAGUCAACAGAAGAGGAGUGGACCAGGAGCACCAUAGAUUUAAUGUGUUCGCUGCACUACAUCGCCACUACCCAUUUGCGAGGAUCACAGGCAGGACAGUCCCUCCAGAUGGAAUACCUAAGGAAGAAAAUUUCAGGGAAGACUUCCAAAGUCUGUGUGCAGAGGUGAAGGCUGGCUCGUUACAACUGGGGACAUUAAAAAUGGAGUUAAAACAACAGCUACUAGAGGACAUCGGGAGGAUUCUACAGGACCAGCACAGCCUGGACGCCUUAGAGGCCUCACUAUGGCAGGGACUGUGCAGUGGAGAGAAGGUAGAGCCUCUGGAGGGCCCAGCAGGCUGCAUCCUUGAGUGUCUAGUGCUAGAUUCUGGAGAGCUGGUGGUAAAAUUCGCAGCCCCUAUCUUCUAUCUGUUGGCAGCACUGAAUGUGCUGAGUGAAACUCAGAGGCAGCUGCUGGCUAAGGCUCUGGAGUCAACAGUACUGUCAAAGCAGCUGGAGUUGGUGGAGCACAUCUUGGAACAGAGCACCCCAUGGAAGGAGCAGAGUUCUGUGUCCCUGCCCUUUGGGCUCCUUGGGGACAGCUGGGAUGAGGGGGCUCCCACCUGGAUCUUGCUAGAAGAAUGUGGCCUAAGGCUGCAGGUGGAACCCCCCCAGGUGCACUGGGAACCAACUUCUCAGGGCCCCACAUGUGCUCUCUAUGCCUCCCUGGAACUAUUGUCUAGUCUAGGCCAGAAAUCUCAUUAG